CCAAGACCGCUGCCUUCUUGCGCCUCGCUCUCCUGCAGCUGCAAGGAUGAAGGCGGUUAGCCUGGCAUGUCAGUCUUCUGAGAUUCCCCAGCCUGAUGGUAAUCUGGAGAACCCAAAGUCCAAAGGAAACUUCAGGAAUUUCAAGGAGGGGCCGCUGAUCGACCGAGUGCACCACACUUACCUGCUUAUGCACACCAACCAGACAGUGGAAUUUGUGCAGAAAAAGAAUGAGGAAUAUGGGGGCUGCAGCCUCCGUCAGAUGACCACCAUGGAGGCCUUGGACUUGCUAGACAAGGUGGUGGAUGAAUCGGACCCAGAUGUUGACUUCCCCAACUCCUACCACGCCUACCAGACAGCAGAGGGCAUUCGGGAGAAGCACCCUGAGAAAGAUUGGUUCCACCUGGUUGGACUGCUCCAUGAUUUGGGGAAGAUUUUGGCCCUUGCUGGUGAACCACAGUGGGCCGUGGUGGGAGACACCUUCCCCGUGGGCUGCAAGCUCCAGGACUCCAUCAUUUUCAAGGACUCCACUUUCCAUGACAACCCUGACAUGAGGAAUCCUCUGUACACGACCACAUACGGGAUUUAUCAGCCCCACUGUGGCUUGGAGAAUGUCCUGAUGUCAUGGGGCCAUGAUGAGUACAUGUAUAAAGUGAUGAAGAAAAAUAAGUUUGCUCUUCCGGAGGAGGCUUUCUACAUGAUCCGGUUCCACUCCUUCUACCCCUGGCACACUGGGGGGGAUUAUAUGCAUCUGUGCAACGCCAAGGACCUCCAGAUGCUGCCCUGGGUGAAAGAGUUCAACAAGUUUGACCUCUACACCAAGUGCAAGGAGCUUCCUGAUCCGCAGCAGCUCAAGCCCUACUACGAAAGCCUCGUAGCCAAGUACUGUCCAGGCCGACUGUCCUGGUGAUGCUUCGGACCACAACAGCUUUCGCUGCUUCCACUCCCUCGGCCAUCUCCCAGCAGCUGCUGCCGCCCUCCAGAUAUGUCGGACAGCUACGCCCAUCAUCCCCACCCAGGAAGGAGAGGGCCUCUCUCUGUUACGUGGAACGUAGCUUUUUGGGGCCCCGUUUCAAGAGCGAUGCGGGGCAGCCAAGGAUCAGAGGCUUCUCUGGCAGAACGGCUAUUUCUACACGGCAUUUCAAAGUUACUUUCAUUCAUGCUGACCCAAGAGCAUUAUUUUAACAUUAAUAAAAUGCUAC